AAAAACUUAACUGAAAUGUCAUCUUAAAGAUACCAAAUCUGGGUUGGCUCUAAUCUUUAACCAGCUUUCACAUCACAUCACCGUUUAAAAUGAAAAAAGAAAACAAGUGAGAGUGAGAUUAAAAUUAAAAACCAAUACAAGCAAGAAACAGUUUCGCAAGUAGCUACCAGUACUUCAAAGAUCUACGCAGUGUAUUCAACCUUUCUAAUUUUCCCAGUUGUUUUGUUUUUAGAUGUCUAAGGAUGUGGAGGAUCCUGCUGACCGUGGUCCUGAAGUCUUGGUUCCCUCUGGUGAUGCCCAAGAAACAUGGUAUAGUUGUGUACUAAAGCAAGUAUCUGUCUAUGGAGUGGCGGCAGGAUACUGCAUUUCAGCUUCUCUUCUCUCCAUCAUCAACAAAUGGGCUGUAAUGAAAUUUCCUUAUCCAGGGGCACUAACUGCUUUGCAGUAUCUGACAAGCGCAGCUGGUGUAGUUCUCUGUGGAUGGUUUAAGGUCCUAGAGCAUGAUCCACUUGACCUUCGGACCAUGGGGCAGUUCCUACCUGCAGCCAUUAUAUUUUAUCUCUCUCUCUUUACCAACAGUGAGCUCCUCCUACAUGCUAAUGUUGACACUUUCAUUGUCUUCCGAUCAGCGGUUCCUAUAUUUGUUGCAAUAGGAGAGACCCUUUACUUGAGCCAACCUUGGCCUUCAUUGAAGACAUGGAUCUCAUUAGGCACCAUCUUUGGCGGCAGUGUCCUUUAUGUUCUUACUGAUUACCAGUUCACAUUAACUGCCUAUACUUGGGCUGCUGCAUACUUGGUAAGUAUGUCUAUAGAUUUUGUUUAUAUAAAGCAUGUGGUAAUGACUAUUGGUCUAAAUACAUGGGGUCUUGUACUGUACAAUAAUCUUGAGGCUCUCCUAUUGUUUCCUCUUGAGCUACUAAUAAUGGGAGAGUUGAAGAAAAUAAAGCAUGAAAUCUCGGAUGAGUCUGAUUGGCACUCUUUUCAAGUGAUUCUACCUGUGGGUUUAUCAUGUUUAUUUGGGUUGGCCAUAUCUUUCUUUGGGUUCUCUUGCCGAAGGGCAAUUUCUGCUACAGGGUUUACUGUUCUUGGUAUAGUUAACAAGCUAUUGACAGUUGUGAUUAAUUUGGUUAUUUGGGACAAACAUUCGACUUUCGUGGGGACUGUGGGGCUCUUGAUUUGUAUGCUAGGUGGUGUUAUGUAUCAGCAGUCGACAAGCUGUAAGCCCAAAGCUGUCAGUGAAGCUACAGUUCAAGAGACAGAGGAACAGCAGAAUUUACUUGAAAUGCAAAACAACUCACAAGCCAAGAACAAUGAAAAAGAAGAUACUAAGAUAGAGAAGUGAAAGGGCCUAAAAUAUGAGCAUUCUAGGCCUUAUCCCAUCUGCAUAUGGAAACCAUUGUUUGAUUUGGUAUGGCUGAUGAAUUCUCAUGGAAACAACAAUCUCCAUAUGCACAAAUACUUGCAUUGAAGAUUCAGGCUCAAGUCUUAUACACCUAUGGCAUUUCAUCUGGUCGGUCUUCUAUGCUCGAACUCGAAUUUUUUUCUUUAUCAGAUUGAUACAUGAUUUGUAUUUCCCAUCCAACAACCCGGGAGGACUGGAUAGAACUUUAAUUUCUUUUGUUUUAUAUUACUACCAUAAACAUUUUGGUUGACCCAAUCAACUCAUCAUCUUAUUGGUGCCUAAGGGCUAAGAUUAUAUGUAGAUAUAAAUGCAUUUGUCAGAUCAUGGUUUAGCUUCUA